CCAAUUACAUAUGAAACUGUGUUGAAGAUAAAGGAUAAUGAACAAAACUACAUAUGGUGGUAUGACUUGUAGAUUUGUAUUUUCGUCACCAACAAGUGAACAAAACCACAUGUCGUUGUUUAAAUCAAUAAAGUAAGUUUAAUCAUAAAUAUUAUACUUGAAGGAUUAAUAAUUUGAGCAUGUAAACGAUAGAGAUAAUAUUUAAAAACAAAUAGGAAUCAAUACAAGAAAAAUACAUAUUAACAACAAAAAUAUGAUCUGUUGUUUAUGUGAGAUUAGUAAUGCCAAAAUUGAAAAGACCUUGGUUUAUGUGAAUAUAAGUGAAAAUAAAAUAAAAAUCCGCUGGCAUUAACUUAUGACAGAAAGAGAGAGAGAUUGGAGGAAAACCAAAAUAAUCAGCGGGCCUUUUCAUUUGUUUUCAUUUUGAACUGGCGGCAAACAUUUUGAUAUUCCAUCUCCUGCUUCUCUAAAAACCCAUCAUUUAGUGAGAGGGAUAGAGAGAGUGCUUCUAGUUCUUCUUCUCCCCAAUAACGUUGCCCUUCCCCGCCGCCCAAAACCCUAGAUUUACCCGCUUCGCACUGCCCUCCAACCUUCACGAAGUACAAUCCGAGAGUCUCUUUCUCUAGGCGCAAGAACCGGAAGGCUCACUUAACGACCUCGUAUUUGAUCUGCCGGAUCCUGAUGAGCGCGGCUCACUCCAUCGAUCUCCGCCUGAAGCAAUCCGGCAGGUCGUUACCGGUGCGUAAGGACGAAAAGGUCCAAGUGGUGCGCGAAACUUACAAGGGUCGAAAGAGUGCACUCUUCUCCCCUUUAUUUCUGCGCUUCUCUAAAUUCCAAAACCCUAGAUUUCUCUGCUUCCCACCGCCUUAUAACCAUGUUGUACAAUCCGAGAGUCUCUUCCUCCAGGGUAAAGAACCGGAAGGAUUUUCAUCCCGGCCGACGGCCUUUGCAUCAAUCGCUGGCUAGCUAUGCAAGUCCUCUGUUCUACUUUGCAUCUCACAUGGCCUCCUAUGCCUCUUAAUAGUGUAAGCUCUGGCUGUAGUGGUGUGGCUUGGUUUCCAGAAGAACCCAACUGCAAGCGCCAUGUUUAUUUGUUCAUACCUGGAUGACGUAGUAACUCAUACAUACAUAUUUGAAUUUAAAUCCUUUCUAAUUAUAUGGCUACUUUCAUGUUGGAAAGAGGUUUGAAGCUGACUCGUAGCCACUCAAAAUUAAACUGACAAGUACACUGUACCCUCAUAAUUUUUAGUCACCAGCCACCCUUAUUAUUGUUUUCUUUUUGUUUCUGUGAUGUCUUUCUUUUUGCAAAUUCACCUUUUCCUUCUUGCAUAGGCCAAUUUGAAUUAGAGAAGCGUGUUAGAUCUAGCUACUCAACAAGACAGAUGAUGAACUAAGGUGGUUGUUAGCACCGUCUCUUUAUCCUCAUGCUUUCACUGCAAAGUCAUUCAAUCCAUCUCCUACCACUUACUAUUUGUAGGUUUGUUCGUUUUUCCAAAGCUGCUUCAUCUGUAAAUGGGGGUUGUAGUCCUGAAACUUUGUCGAGCAAAUUAGGGAAGGCAUUACAUCUGUGGCCACAAGUGCUGAUAUUGAUCAUAGAACUCCAACGAAUAUUAUAUGGUUCCUGAUGUAAUUGUUACCGAGGUAAGAAAUGAACUUUAAGUACUUGGUAAUAGUUGAUGAUUGAUUGCUAAUUAUGGGUUUUCUUUUUUAUUUUUAUUGUAUAUGGUUCCAAGAACCAUCUCUCGGCAGGAUGCUUGGACAACAUCAGACCAUACAUUGUCAUCAUGUUCAAUGUCGGAGUUUACUUAACUCUUCUUUCCAGAUUCAUUGAUGUUCGUCAUUGGGGUAUCCAAUGUUGGACCCUGAGAUGAGGAGGAUUUAUCACAUCAGGAACUUCCCUCCGGAGACUGAGUCAUCAAAGGAAGGCUCAAAGUUUGUCUUGAUAACACUAAGGAAAAGGUAGUUGAUUAAAAUCCAUUAUACCUCUUGAUGCGGUGAUCUUGAUGUGUACUGUGAAAUAUUUGUAGUACUUGUAAACCAUGUCCAGGUAAAAGCACGGCUACAGAUACAUUCACAAAAUGUUAAAGCCACAAUCGCCAUUUAUUCAGAGAUUAUCAUAAAGGUGAACAGAGUUGCAUGGAAAGUUUAGUGUCAAUGGUGAGUUAAAAUUAUGCUCCUGAUUUGGCUUAUCCUAGUAUAUUGCAGUAUCUACCCUAUUUGUUUCUUGGAUUGAAUUAGGAUAAAGGAAUUAAAAAAAUUAGUUGCAAUCUGCUUUGAAUGACUAGUGUGAGAUUUCUCAUCUAAGAUCCUGUCAAUCCUGCCUCUUUAAGCUUGGUUUAGUUUCCCCCAAGAUACAACUAUGUCGAUAAAAUGAAAAAAUGAGUCUUCUAUUACCUCGUUGAUGGAACUUUGGAAGUUGUCAUGGAAUGAUAUGGUGUUGUUAGAAUCAGACUAUGAUCAUGUUCUUUCAGUUGAUGAUGCUUCAUGUUCCCUCUGCCUCCAUAUCCAAUCCUGAGACAAAGUUGCUUUUUUAUCAUUUUCCAUUGGACUGAUAGAACAAGGAGGUUGAUAUAAUGAUUCAAUGGUGCACUUUUCUAUGGUCUAAGUUGCAGGUCGAGGUAAUUCAUGUUGCUUCACUUACUAGUGAUGUUUUCUUGACAGAAAUUUGAAACAUGAGAGGAAAUAUUGCUUGGAUUUGCUAGCCUGCACUACUAUGAUGGAUGCUACCUCUUGUGGGAGAUGGCCAACUUUGAUGGGAUUUUGCUUACUGGAAUACAAGUUUAAAAACGUG